UUUGCUCGUUUUUUCACGUUUACGUGGGAGUACGGCGAGAUCUUGUGUAAAGCUGUGCACUACUUCCAGAAUCUGACCAUCAUCUGUUCUGUGUUAAAUCUGAUUGGGCUUAGCUUUGAGAGGUACUAUGCUAUCCUGCACCCAAUGAGAGCCAAGUACAUGUGUACAGUAACGAUAGCCCGUCGCCUGGUCAUCCUCAUAUGGUCACUGAGUGUGGUCAUGGCCUUGCCCAUCCUCGUUGGUCAGCGUCAACGCCUGGUCGGAGGAGCACGUAAAGGGUACUGGUGUGUGGAAGACUGGGACUCGCCUCUGAUUGCCAAGGUGUACAAUCUGUACAUGUUUGUCGUUGCCUACGUUCUGCCGCUGACCCUCAUGACGCUGGCAUACACCAACAUCUGCAGGAGGUUGUGGCAGGUCAAGUACCAACAUCCGUCGCUGAGGGCCACCCACAGCUACAUGAGACCAGACAGAGAUCCUUCUUCCCCAGAAGAAAGUUUGGAAGUGUGCAACUUUUUAAGAAGUUCUACAGUCCACCGGGAAAAGAUCCGCUCUGUGAACGAGGAGAGCACCAGGAGACAGGUGGUCAAGAUGCUGGUGUUCGUUGUGGCGCUGUUUGCCAUCUGCUGGGGUCCCAUCAUGUUCAACAAUGUCCUAGUGGCCUUCCAUGUCCUCCAGCCCCUUCACCAUGGAUAUCUGAAGCCCAUGAGACAAGGCUUCUGGCUGAUGGGCUACGUCAACUCCUGUCUUAAUCCGAUUGUCUACGGAUUUAUGUCUAAGAAUUUUCGAGAAUCUUUUAGAAACACUGUCAGUCUGUGUGUGUUAGGAAGGGACAUAUCACGUCACAGGACCUUGUGCAGAUGUACUUUCAACGCCACUACAG